CCUCUCUCAUCCCUACCUGAUCUUCGUUUCUCCCUCUCUCUCUCUCGCAUGCUCUCUGCUAGGCCCGAACGACGAGGGCAGGGGCUCGGGGAAUGGUGGUCGACGGCUGCAGGGGGGUCGGGCUUUUCGGCGGCAGGGGGCUCAGGGCUGGGCUCGACAGCAACGACUGGUGGUUCGAGGCUGGGCUCGAUGGCGGGUGGGGAAGUUUUAGGUCUGGGCUCGAUGGCGCAGGGGCUGGGCAGAGGGUUGUUUGGCUUCGGGGCUGAAUGUUUCAAAGAACAACACAUUAUUGAAUGAUUUUACUGCUAUUUUUAGAGGGAACCCGACAGAGUGGUCAAGGAGUCAAAGCUAAUUUUGUUAUUAGCAAAUUUAAGUUUUAAGGGAAUAUUUGGUUGAUUUGCUUGAGAUGCCAGGAGUACUUAGCCAGCCAGACUCUUCACUUAAUAGUGCAUUGUCCAUUUCAGUUUCUUCACCACUUUGCCAUCCUAAAUUUAAAUCUGUCAAGACUGCUUAGAACCUUCAGAUGUUGGCAAAACUUUAUUUCAUUGAAUUUGGAUCUCUGUCUCUUGCUUUUGACGACAAUUCUUCAGGCGAGUAAAGAAAGGGGCUUGAGGAGGAGAAGGGCAUUAUCAUUCGAUUUAUCAUUGGUCAUAGUGCCACAUCAGGGGGUAUUCUAGACAGAGCUAUUGAAGCAGAGGAUAAGAAACAUGGAGAUAUUCUAAGACUGGACCACGUUGAAGGUUACCUUGAAUUGUCUGGCAAGACAAAAAUAUAUUUUGCUACUGUUGCUGCUUUGUGGGAUGCUGUACAUGUAAAUAUAGCAUUUGUGACGUGGCGAAUAAUCUCUUGACACGUGGCUGAUACCUGAAGCGGCUGCUAGAGUAUCGACCAGGAGACACACCAGAAGCAGGACAAGCCUAUCUUUACCACGACCUGUCUGGUCGGUGGUUCCGCUGGCAAAGCAACAUUUAUGGGAAGAUCUUAUAAACCCCGAAUUUAUCUCAUGCAAUCUUCUGAAUAUCCCAUGAUUCAGGGGAUAAUAUCUGUAACAAUAUUGGGCAACCCUCCAUGAGCCUAUAAAUAGAAAGAGAUGGCUCAUGGGAAGGGACUUUUGGAGCCUGGGAAUCAUUGAGAUUAUAGAAUUUAUCUGAGAAAAACUUGUAUUGUUUAUCAGAAGUGUUGAAACUCAUUGAAUCCAAGUUCUCUGAUCACACUUUUGAUCCCAUAUCAAUAUCAUUCUAAGUGGACGUAGGUCAUUACCAGAUCCUGGGGCCGAACCACUAUAAAUUACUGUGUUUUCUUUACUUUUGUCAUUCGUUAUUCUCUAUCUAUUCGUCUACAUCAUUCAUAUUUUGACUCAGUGUCAGUUGGCUAAAUCAUGGGUCAACAUUCUGGUGCUUUCAUUGAGAGGACGAUUCAUCGUUGUUGAUAAAACUAAUGGCGAAAGCAGGGAAGAAAGCUGCUCAGACCGCCGCCGCUGCACCGUCGAAUCCGCCACCUCCUCCUCCACCUGCAAGCAUGGCGGAAGAUGAGCCACAACUAGAUUUUGAAGAGGAGGAAAUGGACGAUGCGACUUUGAGGAGCACCUUGGGCACGUUGCAGGAAGAGUUGGCUAGUCUGAGAGCCAAUCAAGAGACUGCCGCAGAAGCUAUGGCAAGGCAGCAGCAGGAACUUGAUCAUCAGCGGGCGGAGUUAAGCGAGAGACAAGCGGAGGUGGAUCGCCGCCAGACCGAGGCCAUGGCAGCCCUUGAAGCGGCCUUGCUGUUGGCCAGAAAUCAGGCCGCGCCUGCCUCGCAGCCUAACCAACCUGAAAAUGGGCCACCCCAGGGAGGUCCCAAUCCUAGUCCACCGAUCCAUCCUUCAAGUCCGCAAAGGCCCGAACAGCCCCAGAUGCCCCAUGACGACGUCCCACUGGACCCCGAGGCAGAUCCACCAUCCCAAGCUGCUCGAGGUAAUCCCCCGCAGCAAAGGCAGAAUAGGGUCGAGCGACAGCCUCGUAGUCCUAGACGCCGCGAGAAUGAUGGGCCACACCAAGCGAACAGGGGUCACUACCCUCCUGGUAACAGGAGAGACUUGGAGUUAGGCUCUGCGGUCCGUGGACCCCAACGGCAUGAUAAUGCACGGGGACAUCGCGACCAGCGCAGGCCACCCUCUAACGCUCGGGGUGUUUCUGCCAGAGACGGGAAUAGAGGGAACAACCAGUCUUACCACAGCCAGUCAAAGUUCAAAGAUGGUCACGGCUACAACGAGGCUGACUCAUGCAAGGACAAUGCUGAUGGGAGGAACGGAAAUAGAGGUAAGAGCAGGAGCCAAAUACCUCAAGAUGAUCAACCAAAUAGACAAGAUGCUGGGGGGCAACCCAGGCAAAAUAAUGUCUUCAACCGGCUCGGAGGUAGCGAGCAACGGAGAAGAGAGGAAGAUCUAAGAGACAUACUCAAUGAUCGUCGAGAGAAGCAUGGUGAGAACAUCCCCCCAGCAGCAGAGACCGUAGCUAUUCCUACUGCGUUGCAAGCCCAGAUAGACGCACUAAAUCAGGCUGUGCAACAGCUGGUCGGAGGAAGGACCUCUUACAUCGACCACGAUAGAAGAAAAGGCACUCCAUUUAUCCAAAGAAUAGCCAACGCAGAGACUCCCAGCAAGUUCAAGAUGCCUACGCUCCCAAACUUUGAUGGAUACGGGGAUCCCGUCUUGCAUGUGAAUAAGUUUGAAAUCCAGAUGGACAUUCAGAAAGUGUCCGAAGACGCCAAAAUUUGGCUCUCUUGUACAAUCACAAGCAUACCUAGGGGAAUGAAGAAGCUUAUCUCAACUUCAAUGAUUAGAAGUAGACAAUGUGAGACACUGACUUUCAGUCGGAUUUCUGGAUGGUGCAAAAAAUAUUUUGUUACAUUCAUGAAUGCAAUUUCUGAAACAAUUGUGUCGAUUAAGUCUUUUUUGCCAUCAACUGGCAUUGGAGCUCUUUCUGCGAGAGAAGCUGAAGGAAGAGCUAAUGUAUCUGUUGGAGAGAAGGGUAAAAGUGUCACACACGCUUCUCAUAUAUCAUUUGGUUUGUCCUUUUUAUGA